GUCCGGAAUCUUGAUUCUUGACUCGGGUGUGACAAUUCUGUCAUCUUCGCUACAAAAACCAUGAGUCUAGAGGGGAAGCUGGAGGUCGAAAUCGACAUCCAAUCAUCCGCAGAUGAGUUCUACAACCUCUUCAAGAGCCAAAUCUACCACCUCCCCACCAUUUCCUCCGAUAUUAUCCAAAAGGUGGAGCUCCAUGAGGGCGACUGGAGCUCAAGCGACGCAGUCAAGCAUUGGAACUACACCCUAGAUGGGAAGGCGUUGACGGUGAAGGAGAAGGUCGAAGUAGACGAUGAGAACAAGUCGAUCACGUUUAAUAUUAUGGAAGGAGAUAUACUGAAGGAGUUCAAGGGCUUCAAGGCCACUGGGCAAGCAACUGCGAAAGCUGACGGCAGCGGGAGCACGGUGAAGUGGACCCUCGACUACGAGAAGCUGAAUGAAGCCGUUGCUGAACCUAAAAGCUACACCGACGCCAUCGUCAAGAUCACUAAAGACGUCGAUGCUCAUCUGCUCAACGCGUGA